AGGGACAUCAGAGCUCCAGACGCACCAGUCUUCAGCAUCUCUUGUAGAAGACAUCAUCUUCUGCUAGAACGUCCCUCGCAGCACUUGCCGAGAUGAUGCGCAGAGCUUCCUCCGUCCUGAACAUGCACUCGUCCUUCUUCGCACUCUGCCUGGCGGCGCUUCAUGGGCUGCCACCUGUGGACGGCGCACCGAACCAUUCACCUUUGCUGGGCUCCAACUGGGGAAACCCGAGGAGAUACAUUCACCUCCAGACCACUUCGGACAUGAACAACUUCUAUCUGGAGAUCAGUUUAAAUGGACAAGUGCGAAAAACGACAAGCAGAGGUUCCUACAGUGUGAUUUUAUUAAAGGCUCAAACAAGACAAAGUGUAGCCAUCCUAGGGGUGAAAAGUAACCGCUUCUUGUGCAUGGAUACAGAGGGGAAUCUCUUCAGCUCGCCCAUCUGCAAGGAGGAAGAUUGCAUUUUCAACCACACGCUUCUGGAAAACCGCUACGACGUGUACUACUCAGCCAGAAACGGUAUGCUGGUCAACCUAGACCGGGCCAAGCAGGUUUAUGUCGCUGGGCAAAACCUGCCUCCGUCGGCGAUCUUCUUGCCAGAAACAAAUACCAUACCACUUGAGCGUCUUUUACACAGAGGGAAGAGGAACCGACCACCCAAUCCAGGGGACCCAUAUAACACAGUAGUGGGCUCUGAAGACUCUCAACAGGAACACGACGAUGGAGAAGCGAACUACGCCUCCAUUGAGAAUCCGACCUCCCUAAAUGAUGAGGACCCAUUUAAUGUUCACAUCUCACAUGGGAAUGUCAGCCCCCGUGUUAAUGGGGGUGUUAUGGGCAUACCUGCCAACAUUUAGCUUUCAAAAUACGGGGGAAAGCCGGGGAAAACGGGAGUGUUGGCAGGUAUGGUUAUGGGAUGAAAUGAUAGUUUGCAGGCUCCAUUAAGGAUGCGGCCAGACAUGCCCGAGAAAGCCAAACUGAAACUUUCCGACCAAGAGAUGAAGGAUAACCCCGGCGAUUGUCAUGUAAAAUCACUCCAUUCACUCAUACCUUCGCACUUUUCCAGCGCAUCGCGCGCAUCUUCCAUGGACUCACAAACUUUUACGCUAACCAUUCCAGUCAUAGCCAAGCUUCACCUGUCACAUAACAGUUCACAACAUUCCUUUACAAAUAUGGCCAAUAAUAUUUAUUGUAUUUCAUUGUUACGUAAUGUUAUUGUAAUGACAUAUAAUUCUGUGUAAGCUAAGUUGUUAAUUAGUCUGUCCUGACCUUGUUAUUUACGUCAAGAUUUUCUAUGCAAAAUACAGGCACUUUAAACGGCCAUUCAACACAACAUUUGCUCUUGGUGCUGGACACCUCCUGCGACCAACCAAAGGAAACCAAGGAAGUAUUUAUUUAUUUAAACGCGCUCAUUCAUUUUAUUUAUCGUAUUUAUAUGGAUGCUGUCCAAAACAAAUCUAACGGAUGCCUCGAUGUGAUAUGAAUGAAUCG